AUACAAGUAAGAUUAAGUUCAUUGCCAACACCUACCUUCAACAUUCUCAAGCUUGCUUUCUAAGUUAUCUGAGAUCCUCCACUUCUUCCUUUUUCAAAGCAUACAUCUAUUGUAAACAAAAAUGGCUAUCCGCUUGCCUCGUAUCAUAAGCUCUAAGAAAGUUCCCAAGGGCUACUUUGCAGUUUAUGUUGGAGAAAACCAGAAGAGGUUUGUGAUACCAGUGUCAUUCUUGAGCCAGCCUUUAUUUCAAGAUUUGCUAGGCAAGUCAGAAGAAGAGUUCGGAUAUAGUCAUCCUACCGGUGGUCUCACAAUUCCCUGCAAUGAAGAUAUUUUUCUUGAUGUUACCUCUCGCUUGAAUCAAUUGUGAGAGAAUCAACACAAAUCUGCCUAUACAAUUUUGUAAAGCCAAAAUGUCUAACACCAUGUAAACAUUUUUUCUCCAUCUCUUUUGCCUUGGGGAGCAAAUACAAGUCUCCCUAAGUGAAAAAUUACAGAUGGUUGUUACUGUAACUUCUAUCAAUCAGCAUGGAAAAUGACAGUUCAAAACA